AUGGAGACCGCAGUCCGAUGGUCACCAAGCUCAACGAUUGACGACCAGAGGUUUCUAUACGUCGAUAUACCAGGGAAAUCUUUCAAUUUAUGCAAAGUCACCUCUCGCGACGAUGUUCUUGGAACUUUGAAGUACGACGUCCUGUCCUCUCGCCACUCGGUUCCAGCGUUUCGAGCCUUCGACUGGUCGUCUGCUGACGAGAACCUAGCUGUUGUCGGGCAGUCAUCAGGAGAGGCGGCGGUACUUCGCCUCGACGAUGAUACACUGAGCCCCAUUGUUUUCCCAAUACGAAAUCAGAGGAGCUGCAACGCCGUCGCGUUCAAUACACAAGGGUUGCUAGCUGCUGGGCUGGACAAAGUUAGGAACGAUUUCAGUCUUAAUAUAUGGAAUGUGAAUCAGCGUCUUAGUUUGGGAAGCUCUGCACGGCCAUUUGGGACAAGUCGGUACCCGACAGAACCUCUCCGCAAACUAGCUAGUUCAGAGCCGAUUACUAGUAUCAAAUUCUUCAAAGAUCACCCAGAGACCUUGGUUGCUGGGGUUAGAGGGCAAUCCAUAAGAAUAUAUGACCUAAGAGAGUCAUCGGGUAGUCCAUCUCUGCAGUUCAUUACGCGAUGUGUCCACAACAUAGCCAUAGAUUGGCUAGAUGAAAACUAUAUCGCUGCAUGUUUCCCUUCCAACGAUGUUGCUAUUAGCAUAUGGGAUCGUCGCUCAGGAUUCCGUUACCCUACGGCUGCGGGCGCCCCAUCUGCUACUGCUGAUUCAGGUCCACUCUCUACUGCGUUGGACCUAAAACCAGACAUUGAACCUAGUUCCGCAAUUUCAAGUCUACGAUUUUCUCGAACGGAGCGAGGAUGCUUGGGAAUGCUAACCACAACUGGAACCUUUCGAUGUUAUGACAUUGCUAAGGAGUACCUUUCUGAUGAGCAUAAAUCAUCCUUGGAACUUGCACUAGGGCAGGACUCUAGUAAGCAUUAUCCAGAACAAAUAUAUACCAGAAAGGUGCAAGAUUUCCGGCCUUCAGUCCUCUCAUCAAGCAGCGCUGCCAAGAAAGAUUGGCAACGGGUUACCUCCUUCGACUUUCUAAAUAAAGGAGUGGUAUCUCAACCUGUUGCCAUAACCCUUUUGGCUAACAAAACUGUCAGCCUAUUUACUCCACCACCUCCAUCACCUUCGAUAGACCUAUCUUCAAGAUCUUCUUUAAGCAGGGGAGGCCUGGUCCAUAGUGACUCCAACCCAAGUAUCUUGAACCCUUCUUCUGAUCUGGGAAUAAAUGCAUCACAGAUCAAUUCUAGGAUAUGUUCUCAGACCUCAUUUUUAAAGCGUAAAGAGCUGAGCCACGAGCCUACAUCUGAUCAUCCAGAUGAGGAGGUGGAUGAUAUAGAUCACGAAAAACGGAAUGGCUCUCAUCCAAUCGAAGAUGGACUCUCCUUUGACGAUGCACUGUCAUGGCUAACCAUUCCACGCUUGAGUGUUUGGAAUGGGAAGCUUGGGCGAAGUUUUGAAAGUAGGCGCGAUGGCUCUGAUCUACGUGAAGGUGUAGACAUUAGUCACCUUUUUCAAGAAUUGGUCCAUAAACUAAAAUUCGCACAAAGCAAGACUUGUGAAUCUGAGUUUCCAGAGAAACGGCAGCUUUGCCUUCAUAUAUGUGGCGCACCGGAAUCUAAUGAUGAUCUCGUGAAUACAGUGAAUCAACUUGUUGCAGAUAGGCAACACUCUAAAGCGGCAGCUUUAGCCAUUUUCCAAGAUGAGGUGAAACUGGCUUACAAGGCACUUAGGGAGAAUAAACCAACUCAAGCGCAUAAACUUUUGGCAAUGGCUAUAAUUGGAGGCUCUAAGGGUGAUGCAGGACCCGACUGGGAAGAGACAUGUGCAGAAAUUGCAGCUGAGCUCACAGAUCCUUAUGCCAGAGCUAUACUCGCCAUGGUUGGUAAUAGCGACUGGAUGUCAGUGUUGCAAGAAUCGACGCUCCCUCUGAGAUAUCGAGUGGAGGUAGCAUUACGCUGGUUACCUGACGCUGAACUCACGAGCUAUUUGAGGGAUGCCUCCGUACGAGCCAUACACGAAGGGAAUGUUGAGGGUAUUCUGCUUACAGGGCUUGACCACGCAGCAUUAGACUUGUUUCAAUCCUACAUAAACAAAUUCAACGACAUACAGACCCCCGUUCUGGCAAUGUGCCAUACAAUUCCCCGAUUCAUCAGAGAUGCCCCAAGCAAGGCUCGGUUUGAGGCCUGGCGCGAAACCUACCGACAUCAAAUGAACUCCUGGAAGCUGCAUUUAAACAGAGUCAAAUUUGACAUUGAGUCGCGGAAACUAGCCAUAACGUGGGAAUCACGCAGGCUCGUGGAACCACCGCUCCAACAGAUUAGUCUUGUCUGCAACUACUGUACCCGGCCCCUUACGCAGCAGGAUAAUUCAAAUUCAGAUAUCGCAGCUACACCAACAGCUGCUCCAGAGUAUUCUCAUCCAACACCUGGAAACCCAUUAGGCCACGCCUCCAUGAAUGGCACAGCAUGCCCUAAAUGCAACCGGCAUAUGCCCCGUUGUGGCGUAUGCUCCUUAUGGUUAGGGACUCCUGAUCCAAUGUCCAAAGCAUCAAUCGCUGAAGACUCAAAGAAAGCAGCAACAACUGCUCAGAGCCAUGAAGACAUUAUGAGACGUAAAGACUUUUAUUCAAACUAUUCCAUAAGGUAUAUUUUGCGGGAUAGAACAUGCAAAGGCAGACUUGUUCAUUUUGCGGAAGCUCAACACUUGAAUUCAGUCCUCCACAUUCAUUGUGACCGCCCUCUGCUUCCCAAGGCUUGCAGCACACACGACGCUCCAGAUCAGUUGUGUAUUCAUCGAGUAAACGACGGUAUCUCCACACUGCUCACUGUUGAAUACAAAUCAUAA